AAGGCCAAGUAUCACACUUAGAUAACACAUCAAUUUUUUCUUUCGAGCAAAUUAAAUCCUUAAAACAUGGGCAGAAUUUCUCUCACUCAUGUCUUCAUCCUUGCCCUUCUUUUCACUGUUAUUUCAAUGGUAGCCAAAGUUGAAGCACAAAAGAGAUGUACGGAGGUGUUGAGCCCAAGUAGUUGUUUGCUUGCGGAAUGUAGACAGGAGUGCUCUCAAAAAUACCCAAGUGGAGUAGGACAAUGCGUUCAAAGUGGUGGAACUCCUCUUCAGCCUACUUAUGAGUGUCUUUGUGCUUAUAAUUGUCCUCUAUAAACUUUUUUUUAUUAUUUCUAUUUUGAAUUUCACUAAUAAGCAACGAUAUUAUUUUAAAAGAUAAAUAUCAAAAUUAUAUAUGAAUUUUGAUUCAAUAUUCAAUAACACAUAUGAAUUUUGAUUUUGUGUUAUUUUAUACAUAAAA